AUGACUGUAUAUCUUUGGGAUGAAGAAAGGCAAGAACAAUCAUACGGGGAACCUUCAGAUAUAACCAUAAGCCACGAGCUUGACGAUGCCCACAAGAUCUUCGGCGCUGACGAGGUGAAAAACAACUCCCUCUCCUCCCCUGGCACCAUCAACUUGACGGCAAAGAAUAAAAGUUUCGAUAUCAAAGUAACCUUGACAGAGUCUGCAACGGUUACUAUCAAGAAGGAAAAUGCUUCUACAUGGACAGGAACAAAGGGCGACCGUCAGUAUGAUUAUAAUACGCUCCCCUGCGACAGUAAGACUAAAUUUGAAGAUCUAGCGGAUUUUCAAGAUCUGAACAAUGUCUCUGGGACGCUUUUCACGGCAACUCACACUCCUGAUCUCUCUGGGACGAACAUUUUCUGGAUCCAGCAGUACCCAGCGCGCAAAGGGGAAACAGUCGGUCGAACCGUCGUCGAAUUCUAUACUGACAAGGUCAUCACCGGUGUUCGGAUAACGACAACAUCGGUGCUUGGGGAGACGGCCAAUGGAAAGAUAUAA